AUGGUCACCUUUAAUACAACCAAAAGACGGCAUCUUGUCACAACAUUUGUGACCACCGCCUUGGUGAUUUCAACCUCCACCACUAGAACCUUUGGCUUGACACCAAACUCUUCCUCCAACCGAAUACCCAAAAACAAUGACGGAUUGCAAUAUAAGGAUCGAGAAUCUAAUUAUUAUGAUAAUAACUCCUACGAAGUGUCGGAAGAGAAGGAUGCCAAUGGAAUGUUCUUGGCGGAAGAAAAUUAUGAAUGGAUGUUCGAUGAAGAGGCUGCGGCUGCGGCUGGUGAUGCUCCAGUGGACGCUGAAGCGACGGUGGAAGCUGUCAUGAAUAGCAUUGCUGCAGAAGGGGAUUUGUUAUCGCCAGACUGGGAAGAAGAAGUAGAGCGUGCCUUUCAAGAAAGAUAUGUAGAAACCUACAGCACCGACGGUACAACGUAUUCGGAUACGAUGGAAAUGGAAGAAGAAAUGGAGGAAGAUGCCGAAUUGCAUGUAGAUGAAGAUGCAGAUGAUGAAAUAUAUUAUGAAGACGAGUUUGAAAAUGAUGUCAUAUCGAAUGUACCAUCCUUUGAAAUAUUGAAGGAGUGGACUGAGGAGUACAUUGAACUCAUUGAUCUUGCCGGUGGAGGUAUGACGCGAGUAUCGGUGGGAAUGCAGCAUACGAUGCACGAUGCUUUUGUCUUCACUAGCCCAAAGGUUGGUCCUAUUGGAAAGUUGGACUUUGUUAAUCUGAUGGAGUACUACAAUGACAAUGGACUAGACUUGGCAUCAGCAGUCCCAGAUCUUUCCGUUUCGUAUGACGGUUGGCACCAGGAUCCAGAUGAUCCAUGGAGAAUAUGGGUCUUUGCACGAUAUUCGGGAACCCACUUGGGCAGUGUCAGCAUUCCAAAUUCGGGUCUCAAGUUGGCCGCACCCAAAAGGAAUGAACCUCCGGUGACAUUUACCACGGGACCGCAAGUGGAAUCUUUCUUGUGGACACCCGACAAGCAGCUUUUGUGGCAAACCAUGGGAUAUGUCGGUGAUGCCUACACGGGGUCCAAUAAGGGAUUUGGUGGUUUGGAUGGCCUCUUGGUGAGUUUGGGAUUGCCCUACCUCUACUUGGAGGCAACGAAUCCAGUCAACAAGGUUGCCAACUGGUUCUCACAAUUUCGAGGGGACAGUGCACCCAAGACAGUGUCAUCCUACAGCCGACUGCCUCAAUGGUGGCACGAGCGUAAAGCUUACGAUUGGAAUGUACAACGAUAA